AUGUACAGAUUCAUCAAUACGAGGCCCAAUCGACGGCAUAAUCGACGACCGGGCCUCCCUCGAAGAUGGUCCCGGUUUAUGUUGUGGCUGUUGGCAUCUGUCUUUGGUCUUAUCCUAGUGGGCGCCGCUUUGCAGUGGCACAAGGGUUCACCACAAUGUAGCUUUCCCCUGAAGGCAGCAGACCCAAACGUGCGACCACACGAGUACCAGAAUACAUUCGCUACAUACAAGCAAUUUGGCCCGAAAUGCCCUAUCUCAUCCCUGGAACUCCACGGCCCGUACGAACCCGUCUGUCCUGACAGACCCUCCAUGCUAGCAGCUAUGUCAUCGGGUGGCCGAAUUGGUCGAGAUGCGAUCUACAUCCCACGUGGCUGUGAUAUGCGGUGGUACACGACGGAAGAGGUCUGUAAAAUUUUGGGUCGGUUUUCACAGGUCAUUCUUGUGGGCGACUCCAUGCUGCGACACGUUAUUGGGGCACUGAACAUCAUCGUGCGAGAAGACCUGGGCUAUGGUGGUGUCACGGAUUGGAACUUUGAUUCUCGAGAGAUGGAGCGGUGUUUUUGUAACGACCAAUUUGACGUUACCGAUUGUUCUGUCCAGGGUAUCUACAAGACUGAAGAUGUUAUCAAGCAUGAUCCUGGGAGUUUGGCUUGCCCUCGCCUAGUGCCGGGUUGGUCAACGGAUCUGAGGAUGGAGCAAAUGGUGCGCCAUCCCAUUGAAGACGUGGAGCUCGAGCGCUUGGAAAAGGCCAUAGACACCAAGUCGAAGUCGAACUCAAGGAAGGCGUUUAUCCUCGGCCACGGGCUAUGGAACAAUCUCGAAUUGGACAAAUCGAAAGCUUGGUUGGACACAGUAGUGAAAAUCAUCGACUCGAGACUGCAGCUCCGCAGGAGAUAUUACCGAAACAUGCCGAUCCUCCUGAUGACACCGAAUGCGGCGGGUGAGAAGAAGCCAGACGAGUAUAUCGUUACUCAGGGCAAUAAGGCCCUGGUCCGCUUCGAGCACGCAAUGGCACAGGAAGCCGCAAAGCAAAAGAUCGACCACCUCGGGACUUGGAAUAUGUCGAUCCAAGCGAAUUUGUACGAUGGUGUACAUAUGGAUAUGAAAGGCAACCUACUCAAGGCCAUGAUGGUGGUGAAUUGGCUACACUUACUGGCGAAAGAGGAGGACGUGGCAAAGAUCCGCCGAGAACCAAUCAUAACAGAGUAA